AUAAUGUCUGUCUUUUCAUUCUAGUAUAAUAGUGGUGAUGCAUUUGUCAUACCGGGAAUUCGUUAUGCUGAACUGGUUUCGAAGUUUUCUCCAGUUUUUCUAUAUCAAUUUUCAUACCUAGGCGAAAUGGAUGGAUUGUCAUUUUUACCCAACGUGACAGGUACAGACUCAGUUGCACAUACCGCUGAGUUGAAAUAUCUUUUUGGAGGAGUAGAGGGAUUUGCAGGAGAACCUGAAGAUUACUCUCAAUCUGAUCAGCUUACGAUGAAAAGAAUGGUGACAUUAUGGACCAAUUUCAUCAAAUAUCAGAACCCCACUCCAAAUUCGAACCAACUUUUAGAUAAUGUAAUAUGGCCACGUCUGAGAGCAAGUGAUAUACAAUAUUUGGAUAUUAACAGAACUUUGGAAGUACGGUACAAUCCCAAGUCUUACAAAGAGGUAAAAGAGGUUCUCACAGAGUAUAUGCAACCUCCAUUGACAGUGUUUUGAAAUAAUACAGGACGUAUAAUGGAUCUAAAUUGAUUGAUUUCAAUGUCUGUACAAUAUGAGUAAAUGACCAAUAAAUUUUAUAUCGCUCCAA